UCCGCUGCGUCUGGGCGCGAAAGCUCGAACUCGGGCGCCGGGCUGGAGUCGGCGGGAACAGCUGUCGUGAGGUGGAAGUGAGUGCAGACCGGUCGGUCGCGAGCAGAACUCUGGCGGAGUCCGGAACCAUGACGGGCGGAGUGGGCUCCGAGGUUGAUGUAGAAAUCAGUGGUCUAAAACUCAUUUCACAAGAAGCAUCAAAUAGUCCUUCAGACAGUGGACAAGGCAGCUUUGAAGCAACUGAACCCUUGAGUGACAGAGAUUCUGAAGAAGAAAUAUUUGUGAGUAAGAAACUAAGAAGCAGGAAGGUAUUACAAGACAGUGAUUCUGAAACAGAGGACAAAAAUGCUUCUCCACAGAAAAUUAUAUGUGACAGUGAUGAGGAAAAUAAAGAGAACUUACAUGUUAGAAAGAGUGGAAAAAUCAAAAGGAUUUCCAAAACUCUGGCAAACAGUGACGAAAGUAACAUGGAAGAGCCUUUGUAUCAGGAAAAUCUUGAAAGCCAAGAGCCACCUUGUUUAGAGUCAACUCUCCAAACUGAAAACUCUGUGGACUUUACUCCCGUUGACAGAAAACCUCCUAAAAAGCCCACACAUGAUAAAGAAAGAACUGGAGGAAAAGCCAAGUCAAAGAGAAGACUUGAGAAAGAGGAGAGAAAGAUGGAAAAAAUUAGGCGACUUAAAAACAAGGAAGCAAAAUAUGAGGAAAAUGAAGUGGACCAGCCAUCUAAUGACAGUGGCUGUCUACUGGAGGAUAAAGAUCUUUUUGAAACGGGUUUGGAGGAGGAGGAAAAUAACUCCCCAUUGGAAGAUGAAGAGUCACUGGAAUCCAUAAGGGCUGCUAUGAAAAACAAAGUGAAAAAUCAUAAGAAGAAGGAAACAUCUUUGGAGAAUGAAAACUUUUCAUUUGAAGGAGAAAGAGAGUCAUCCAAAGGCACCACAAGGAAGGAAAGGAAGGCAGCAAAGUUAAGUAAAGAAGCAUUAAAAAAGCUGCAUAGUGAGACACAGCGCCUUAUCCGAGAAUCUGCACUUAAUCUUCCAUAUCACAUGCCUGAGAAUAAAACCAUUCACGAUUUCUUCAAACGUAAACCCCGGCCUGUUUGCCAGGGAAAUGCUAUGGCGCUGCUGAAGUCAUCCAAGUACCAGUCAAGCCACUGCGAAGAAGUCAUAAACACCACGAAUGGCUGCCAGCACAGUGGAAGUCCUGAGCAGACAACAGGUGCACCACGGGAAAGGGAAAUCAAUGGACUGCCUGAGGGGUCAGCCGAGCCUCAGAUCCUUAAUGAGUCGGAUGAGGCUGGCGGCAAGGACCUGGGAAGAAGUGGAGAGCUGGAAAUUCAGGAGACUCAGGAGCACAGUGACAACAGACCUUCACUUGGAGACAGUUCAGUGUCACAACAGGAACCUAGCACCUUAAGGAACAAGGCCAAUGAGGAGUGUAAGCUCGGAGGACCCAUGGCAUCUGAGCCUCAUGCUCUGGAGGGAGAAGGAGGACUGAAAAAAGCAAAAGACUCAGAUGAGAAAGUGGAAGAACCCGUGCAGAAAACUGACUCAUCGGCCGUUGUGCUGCCUGAAAAAGCGAGAAGGUUCACGCUGGACCGGCUUCGACAACUGGGCGUAGAUGUCUCCAUUAAACCUCGGCUGGGCCCCGAUGAAGACUCCUUCGUGAUACUUGAUGAACCUGAGACCAACAGAGAACUGGAAGCCUUGAAGCAGCGUUUCUGGAGGCAUGCUAACCCAGCAGCCAAACCCAGGGCUGGUCAGACCGUCAAUGUGAACAUCAUAGUGAAGGACCUGAGCACUGAUGGAAAGGAAGAACUGAAGGCAGAUGUGGUGCCUGUGACUUUGGCAGCGGAGAAGCUGGAUGGAGCAAAUCACACAAAACCAGGUGAAAAGCUGCAGGUGCUAAAAGCUAAACUGCAAGAGGCAAUGAAACUCCGAAGGCUUGAGGAACGGCAGAAGCGGCAGGCGUUGUUUAAAUUAGAUAAUGAAGAUGGAUUUGAGGAGGAGGAGGAGGAGGAAAUGACAGAUGAAUCUGAGGAAGAUGGAGAAGAGGAGGAAGAAAAAGAAGGGGAGGAAGAGGAGAAGAAAGAAGAGGAGCUAGAGGAAGAUGAGGAAGAAAGCAAUCAGGAGGUUUCUGGCAAUUAUAUUGAAGAAUUCCUUCUUGGUAAUGAAGACAUAGAAACCAAAGAUGAGAAAGAGAUGGAGAAAGAAGAUAUUAAUAGCAGUGAAACUGACAAGUCAGUUGACCUCUCUGUUCCAAAGCCUCUGUCAUCAGAAUCUACCUUGCUUCUGUUUAAGGACAACUCUUCCAAGAUGGGCUACUUUCCUACUGAAGAAAAAUCAGAAACAGAUGAAAACUUGGGCAAACAAUCUGGCAAAAUUGAUGAAGAUGAUUCAUGUUCAUUAACAAAGGAGAGCAGCCACAAUAGCAGCUUUGAGCUGAUUGGCUCCACAAUUCCAUCCUACCAGCCUUGCAAUAGACAAACAGGCCGUGGGACCAGUUUUUUCCCUACUGCCAGAGAAUUCAGAUCCCCUUCUCCUGGGCUGUUUCGAGCCAGUUUGGUUAGCUCUGCCUCUAAGAGUUCAGGGAAACUGUCUGAGCCUUCACUUCCCAUAGAGGAUUCCCAAGAUCUGUAUAACGCCUCCCCAGAGCACAAGUCACUUUUCCUGGGAGCAGGAGACUCCCAGUUCUGUUUAGAAGAUGACACUCAGAGCCAACUGUUAGAUGCAGAUGGAUUCCUAAAUGUUAGAAACCACAGGCAUCGUUACCAAGCUCUGAAACCUCAGUUACCACUGGCCAGUAUGGAUGAGAAUGCCAUGGAUGCCAACAUGGAUGAACUAUUGGAUUUGUGUACUGGAAAGUUUACAUCUUUGGCUGAAAAGUGCCAACCCAUGAAGAAUGACAAGAAAGAAAACAUGGAGGAACUUCUCAACCUUUGCUCAGGAAAAUUCACUUCUCAGGAUGCCUCCCCUAUGGCUGCAUUGAAGUUGACCAAGCAAGAGAAGGAGGACAGCAUGGAUGACCCAAUGAAAGAAGCACUUGCUCUUUGCUCAGGCUCCUUCCCAACAGACAGGGAAGAAGAAGAAGAAGAAGAAUUUGGAGAUUUCCGGCUUGUCCCAAAUGAUGAAUUUGAUAGUGAUGAGGAUGAACACAGUGACUCUGCAAAUGAAGAUCUGGCGCUGGCAGACCCUGAAGAAGAUGAUGAGGAGGAACUCCUAAUGCAAUCUGAGAAGUUAAAAAGGCAAAUGAGGUUGAAGAAAUACUUGGAGGAUGAGGCAGAAGUUUCAGGAAGCGAGGUGGGAAGUGAAGAUGAGUAUGAUGGGGAAGAUAUUGAUGAAUAUGAAGAGGAUGUAAUUGAUGAAGAACUUCCCUCUGAUGAGGAACUGCAGAGUCAAAUCAAGAAAAUACACAUGAAAACCAUGUUGGAUGAUGACAAGAGGAAGUUACGUUUAUACCAGGAAAGGUACCUUGCUGAUGGGGAUCUGCACAGCGAUGGUCCUGGACGGAUGAGGAAAUUCCGAUGGAAAAACAUAGAUGACGCUUCCCAGAUGGACUUGUUCCACAGAGAUUCUGAUGAUGAUCAGACUGAAGAACAGCUUGAUGAGACAGAAGCCAGAUGGAGGAAGGAGCGAUUUGAACGAGAGCAGUGGCUUCGGGACCAGGCACAACAGGGAAAAAUUAUAGCUGAAGAAGAGGUUGGGGAAGAUAGCCAGUUCAUGAUACUAGCCAGGAGAGUUACGGCCAGAGCAUUGCAGAAGAACGCUAAAUGCCCCGUGGUUAUUCAAGAACCAAAGCCUCUUCCCAGUAAUCCUUUUGAAGCUAUCAAACCAGGAAGUACUCACCAGGUAAAGACAGGCUCACUGCUCAACCAGCCCAAAGCUGUGCUUCAGAAACUAGCUGCUCUCUCUGACCUCAACCCUAGUGCCCCCCGAAACUCAAGAAACUUCGUCUUUCAUACACUUUCUCCUACCAAGGCUGAGGUGGCAAAGGAAUCAUCUAAGCCUCAGGUGAGGAGAAGGGGACCGUCAUUGAUGACAUCUCCCUCUCCCAAGCGCCUCAAGACAGAUGUUAGCACUUCAGGAUCGAAGCAAAGCAUCUUCAGAUACCUAGAAAGUUAACACUGGCCAGGACAGUAGCACCUAUGCUGGCACUCCUGAGAAGUUUCUGGCACCAAAGGUUGAAAUUGAUGUUCAUGGUGAUCUCUCCUGCAUUAAAAUCAUGAACAGAAACCGGGCAUGGUGACACAUGACUUUAAUCCCAGCACUUGGAAGGCAGAGGUAGGAGGAUUGUCCUGAGUUCAAGGCCAUCCUGAGACAACAUGGUGAAUUCCAGGUCAGCCUGAGCUAGGGUAAGACCUCACUUCGAAAAACAAUGAAAAAAAUCAUGAACAUUCAAUUCUUCCUACUACACAGCUCUGGAUGGCAUUUCCUUUCCUAGUAUUGUUUCCUGGCUUGGCCACUAAUCUUAGCUCUUCAGUAACUCCAACAUCAAUUUAUGGAAUAAUUGAGUCAAGUUUCAUUUCCUCCAUUAAACAUUUGACAUCUUUUCCUAGCAGUUUCCUGGGUUGACCUCACUUUGAGAUAAAGAUGGUUGGAGGAGGAGAAGGAAAAAUAAAGUGGCAUUACAGAAAAUUACAUAAAAGCAAUCCAAGUCAGUACCAGAAUACUCCUUCAUUCCCAUCACUUACAUGCCAAGGUGACCUGUGAAGGAGAAACUUCUACAGGGGACUGGGAAACCACAAAUGUUGUAUUAGUCUCGCUCCUUCCAUUUUCCUGUAUGCUUCUUUCCAAAACAGCCUUAAAUGUCAAAUUGACCUCUGCUGCCUUUGUAAUAAGGGCUUACAACUGGCAGCCACUCAGAAAGACGUCAACCCAGAUUUUCUGAAGUACGGGGUGAAAAUAAAAGUCACUCCCAGUGUGUCCACAGUAGAUGAUCUGUGGAGAAGAGAACUUUCCUGGGACUAAAUUCUUGAAUUGAAAUACUUGCUCAAGAGCCUCCCUUCUCUGUCUAACAAGAAGAAACAUAAGUUUUUAUUUAUUGUGUCUCCUGAAUUGAGUACAUUGUCCUGACCAGUCAGAGAACAUUUCAAUAUUCCAUUACUAAUUUUGAAAAGACCACCAUGAAAUUGGAUAAAAAUGUUGAAGACAACUGUUCAUUCAUCCUUCCCCACUUCCUUUGAAUUUCCACAGGCUUUUAAAAACUUAGAGCAAAGCCAGGUGUGGUGGUGCACUCGGGAGGCAGGGGUAGGAGGAUCACUGUGAGUUCAAGGCCACCCUGAGAGUACAUAGUGAAUUCCAGGUCAGCCUGGGCUAG